AUGAACACCACCCACCGUCGACGACAAGCGUUCUACGCGCUGCCAUCGUCGCACUGGCAAAUGCUAGCCGAGCCACCAUUCUCGCUCCUCGACAACUUCAACCGCGUGGACGACGCCAUCGACGUGAACGCCGAGAUCGCCGACUCAAUCCUCGCCACAGGGCUCUCGUCGUUUGGGAUUCCCGCGCAGCCCGACGCCUCCGACCCGCGCCAGAACUGGCACGGCACGGCGACAGCGCAAGACGUCAACAAGGCGCAUUCGACGAUCCGGCAAUUUUACCGCGACUGGAGCGCCGAGGGUCGUCCCGAGCGCGACGUCUGCUAUGGACCCGUGCUCGAGGAUCUCCGCGCGGAGUUCGGCGGCCGCCUCUCCGGCGCCGGCGACAACGCCGAUGACGCGGAGGAAAUCCGCGUGCUGGUGCCUGGCGCUGGGUUGGGCCGGCUAGUCUUUGAGAUCUGUCGGGCGGGCUUCGCGGCCGAGGGCAACGAGAUCUCCUACCACCAGUUGCUGGCGAGUAGCUGGGUCCUGAACCACACGUUGGGGGCGCGCCAGCAUACACUGUACCCGUUCGCGCUGCAUUUCUCGAACUUGCGGUCGCGGGAGCAGCAGCUGCAGAAGGUGAUGAUCCCGGACGAGCACCCGGGGAGUGCGAUGCUCGAGGCGCAGCAGAGUGGUGGGGACGGGACACGGUUCGGGUCGAUGAGCAUGUCGGCGGCGGACUUUGUGGUGCUAUAUAGUAGCCCGUCGAAUGAAGCGGCGUUCGAUGCGGUGGCUACGGUAUUUUUCAUCGACACAGCGCCGAAUCUCAUCCGGUACGUGGAGGCGAUCCGACAUUGUUUGAAGCCGAAUGGGGUGUGGAUCAACGUAGGACCGUUGUUGUGGCAUUUUGAAGAGGGACGCGGACCGAGCCAUCGAGAGGGGAGUGAGCAGGCGCCUCAGCCUCCGACGAUCCAGCAGCAACCGGCCGGGAUUGGGGAGCCCGGUAGCGUGGAGUUGACGGAGGCUGAGGUGAUUAGCCUCGUGGAGCGCAUGGGAUUCCGCGUGGAGAAGCAGACGCCGGUGGAGGAACGACAGACGUGCGGGUAUAUCCAGGAUCGGGACAGUAUGUUGCUGCCGCUGUAUCGACCGGCGCAUUGGGUCGCGCGGAAGGUCCAAUCGUAG